CUAUUUCCCCCCCUCUGCAUCGCCUUAUGUGGCAUAGCCUUCAACCUUCCAGACAGCACAGCUCCCGCCGUCUGGCCACGCCUGGAUUUCGUACCUAUGCACUUUCCGGUGGUCGGUGUUUCACCUUCCGGCUAUAACGGUGCACAUAUGUGGUCCGCGGAUUUCGAAAACUACUGAGAGGCAGGAAUGGCUAGAGCGUAUGUGCCAAAUGUGGAUAUUUUGAUAUUGCGGAAUUGUGGAUUCCAUUCUUUUCCUCCGUUCUUGAAUAUCCCCAGGGCUAUAAAGACAACUGGGUGGUCAGACGACAGCCGCUCUCGUUUUCCUUUAUUCGCUCUUGUGCCUCGCACAUACCUGUUUGCACUUCGCUCUACCAGGCUUUCUAUUCCUAUACCCUUCACUGAUAUCUGCGUCAAUCAUGCAUUACAAUCUCCUCAAACUCGCGCUCGCCGUGGCGGCCGUGUCACCGGCCUUGGCGGCGUGGCCAUACGGUCCGUUCAGCUACACCGUCCCAUUCGCAAAGGGCGGAGGCUCCGCCUCGAUUGCCGAGCUGCAAGCGCCUUUCAUCCCCGGCAGCAAGCUCGUGUACAAUGCCGCCAACAGCGGCGCCGCGGCGUGGGCCAACAUGAAGAACGACCCCAAAGACGGCAGCGUCGUUACGCUUAUCAACCUGCCGCACACCAUGCUGCAGCCCAUAUACCCCGGCUUCGUCGCCAAUUACACUUUUGAUGAUAUCAAGAUUGCUUAUAUCCAUUCGUAUACCCCCUUGGCUCUCAUCGUCCCGUCCAACUCGACCAUCCAGACCUGGGCGGAUUUCGUGGAUGCCUGCCGUACUGGAAACUCGAGCAUGAUUAUUUCCGGUGCCGCGAAAGGCACGGUGUUUGAUUUGGCGACGUUGAGGUUGAAGCGCUUGGCUAGACUUGAUGUUGCAUAUGAGAGUGCAGGGGAUGGUGCCAAUGUGGCUAUCACUGCUCUGUUGCAGGGCAAAUACCGUGCUGCCUGGACAACCACUCCCGCUGUCUUCAACCGCCCGGAUCUCCGCACUCUCGCCAUCGCUGCCGAAUUCGAGUUUCCACAAAUCGACGCGCCCACCUUCAAAGAACUCGGCAUCAACUAUGUCGAUGGUAUCUAUCGCGGGAUGGGGCUUCCUGCUGGCACACCUGAUAACGUUAUGCAGGUAAAUUUAUUGAUUAGAAUACAGAGAAAAUGCUCGCCACGUACAAUGUAUGCUGAAACUUCUCAUUUAUAGGACGUCGCGAACUACCUCAAU